AAGUUAUGUUUCCUUAAUGAGUUGGCUAAGAAAUGGUGAUUUUCUGAUAAAAGUAAAUAAACAAUAAAACAAUCCACUCGUUUUUGGUUAAGAAGGUGGAGUUUCCUCCGGCGAAGUGGAACUAAAUAACAACUUGCUUGUAGAAUCCCGAAAAUGUCCUUACUCCCCGACGAGCUCUGGAGGCGAAUCCUCGAAAUCGGAAUUGAAAAUCGCAGCUUCAACUACAAGACUCUCUGCUGUAUCUCCAUCACCUGCCGCCGCCUCCGCCUCCUCUCCGCCGAAGACCCUCUUUGGAACCGCCUUCUCUCCAAUGACUUCCCCCUCAACCACAACGUUACCCCUUCCUCUCUCCCUUCUUCUUCUUCUGCAAAAUCCAUUUAUAAGUUCAGGUUUGAGAGAGACAAGGAGAGGAGAGUAGCGGCUCAUAGGAGAGCAGUGCUGAGAAAAGAAAGCCAAGUUGCUGAACAUUCUAGAAGGCUUCGUGCCAUUGAGACUCGGAUCAAUCAAGAGACUUCCAAGAUGAGAGAAACUGUUGCAGAGUUGUCCAAUUUGCGCAGGGUCAGGCAAGCUUCUGUGGCUUUGAAUGUUUGGCAACCGGAGGUUGUUCGAGGUAGGCAAAAGCAGAUGGUGGAACAAAGUGUUGUGCCUGCUGAAUCUCGAAUACAUGCGCUUGAAAUGGAACUUAGGCUUUGUAGGCAACAGAUUAUCGGGUUGGAGAUGUCCUAUCAAGAGGAAAAGCGCAGACAUGAUACUGCAAAGGAAGAGUUAGAAUCCAUAAAUUAUCAUCCUGUUCAGGAGUAUAAUGCUGUGACUGCCACGGAAAAUGGGCACAUCAUCAAGCGGAAGAAGUUGAAAAGAUGCAAUAGCUCACAUGAAAAACAAUGUAAAGCUUCAUAGAUGGGAAUAAUUCUUGAAACGAGUACAAGAUGAUUUCAUGGAGAGGCAAAGUUUCAUUGGAUGUGACCAAAAUUUGCAGGGAUUCGAAAUUACCUGGUCGUUUACUUCCAACCAAGAAGAUUGUGCUUUAAUCAAAUCCUCUGCCCAUUGCAUUUUCAUGGAAAGGAACUCAUUAGCAUGGAUUGUAACUCUGACUAGCAACCUACUUAAAAGAAAAGAAAAGGAUCUUGGAAUGAUAUCUACUAAGUUAAAGAGUUAGGAUGGCAACUGAGCCACUCAAUUGUAGCAUGUGAACUUCAUGGGAAAAGAAAACCAUGUGAGUUAGAUAGAGUGAAGAAGUAGGAUCAUAUCAUAGGUGGGAACAAUUUGUAUAGUCAUGUGGGUUCAUUUGCUUCUUCUCCCAUGGUUCAGGAACUCAUUAUUCUUCUGUUUGAUUGUAUACUUGUUCUAUUGGUUGUUGUAAACCACCUCUCUCAAUUUCUCUGACACACAUCACCUUCACCAAGUCACAAGUCACAUCAGUGUGAGGUGGCAUUAGAACAUACUGUUUUCUUUUCAUGAUGUUCUUCCAACUUAUUUAAAUUCACAGUAAAAUAAUUUGAUUGGAGGGUCCAACUGGCCCCCUCUCCCCCAUGAAAGUAGUUAUAUGAAGUUGAUGUGUGUGGAAAGUUUUCAAGUGAUCUAGGAACCUUGGUGUUUCAGUGAUUUUAACCGUUGAUCUCAAUAUCAAUGCUGAGAUCAACUAUUAAAAUCACUGAAAUACAAAUAUUUAUAAAACAUUUGAAAACCUUCCUAUAACAUUUACAUUUGACUUAUUUUUCUUCUUGCACCGAACCGAGUCACUCAUUUCUACUGUUGAAUGUAUGGGAAACAGUGGAGGAGAAUGCAUGGAUUCGCUGUAUCAGAAAGAGUACAAUAUUAUUACUCUUCAGUCGAAUCCCUUGUCAUAUUACACAGUCAUAUGUUAUGUUAAAUCAUUGGUUAUCUUUGUUUAUGGAUUUUCAGGUGAAGCAUUUAUGAUUUGGUUAGUUAAUGUAUUAUGUAUGCAUAAAUGGUUUCAGAAGUAGAGCCACUUAGUGGUUGGGGGUAAUUAUCUUCAUUGUGUAAUUUUAUUGAAUAUUUUUAUUAUUUGUUAAAGCAUAUUGGUGUGGAAAUUUAUGUGAACAUAUUAUUUC